UGUGAUUAUUUGUAGGAUAGAUUCAAUGCGGCACAUCUGGCCGGAUUGAAUGGUUGCUAUCUAACAAAGAUGAAUAUAAAAGCCGCUUCGGCGAAAGUCUUACUUAGAUCGUGGAAUAGAAUCCAACAUGACUGGAUUUAUUUUAGUUACCUGCAUUGCAUCAAUACUGGCUUAUUCAGUGGUUGCACUGCCGAUUGCGGAAAAGGAAACACGUAUUGCUGGUGGCCAAGAGGCGACCGUGAACCAGUUCCCUUAUCAGGCUGCCCUUCUAACACCGCUAGGCAUUUACUUCUGUGGAGGCGCGAUACUGAACCGGGAAUGGAUUGCCACAGCGGCAUCUUGUGUCAUAGGAUUGACCAAUCAGGAUCUGAUUGUUUUUGUAGGUAGCAAUCGAUUGAGCACGGGAGGUUCAACAAGCCGCGUACGAAGGAUUGUGACUCACCCUCAUUUUAGGGUGGAUAUUCAUGCUAAUGACAUAGCUGUUCUGAAUGUUAAUGAUAGAUUCUCGUUUAAUGAGUCUGUUCAACCAAUAACAAUCAGACAAGAAAUAGUUGAACCCGAUACAGAGGCAACCGUGUCCGGUUUCGGUCGUUUUACGAUUUCCGAUAACACAACGCCGGAUCCACUACGCUUCAUCGAGGUUGAGGUGAUGCAUCAGGACGAGUGUCGUGCUGCAUUCGAUGAGUCCUACACGGAAUGGUUACCAGAUAACAUUAUUUGCACUAGCGGCUCAGAAAAUCAAGGAACUUGUCUCGGAGAUAGCGGGAGUCCGUUAGUAGACAGCAACAACCAGCUGAUAGGAAUCGUAUCGUGGGGUCUUCCCUGCGGUCAAGAUUCGCCUGCUGUCUAUGCGAGAGUGUCCAAUCAUAGAGCUUGGAUUCUAGUGAACACUAUGAUAUAACGAAUGGGUCUGUUUAGGUAUGAGAUUCGCUGAAACUAAAUUGACUAGCUAGAUUUUUACGUACUAUUUAUGAUCAAUACAAAACAAUUUGGAUAUUUCUCAUCAUUACAAAA